GUGUGGUGCUGUGGAUGGAUCAAGUGAUUGAAAUUGAAGUGUUAUGGUGAAUUUUAGUCAAUAAUGGAUAUGUUUUUUUAUUUAUUAAAUAAUUGGUCAGUUUCUAUUCAUUUCUGUGAUAUGAUAAUGUAUUCUUAAUUUAAUUAAACGUGUGAUGGUGUGGUGAAUAUGGAUACAGUAUUUAUUGAUACUUCUUAAAUUUUAUUGAAGUAAUGACAUUAAAGAAAAUUACAAAAAUGUCAACAAAAUCACAAAUAACUACGGAAUUAAGCGACAGCAUAAGUAAUGUUUUGGGGAAAAAUGUAAAAAUACUCUAUAAAUCCUUAAUUCGUAUGGAAUCAAGAGGUGACAAGGUGGAUAACAGGGUCCUUGUUGUGACUGCAUUUAGGAUUUUUAUCACAACAACAAAAGUUCCAACAAGGGUUGACAAUGGAUUUCACUUGAUGGAAAUAGAGGCGUUGGAGAGUAAAAAAGCUAAUCAUCUAUCAAUUACGUUAAUUCAUGAACACAAACCCGUCUCAAUUCUCAUUGGCGAGGAAGGGUCACCAGAUGGAGUUAUUAAUGCUAUUCACGCGUUAGCUGCGGCGUUUGAUGAUCUGUUUCCCAACGUUGCUAUGGAGGACAUUAUAUCCAAGGUCAACUUACCUUUUCAAAUACAACCAGUUAGUGGUACACGAAAACAUUCGACAUGUGGAGAUUUUUCAAAUCAGUAUGCUGCUAUGUGCGACCUUUGUCAAACUCCUUUCAGAGCGGAGGUGGCGUGGGACAUCGACACGAUAUAUUUGGCUCAUGAUAUUAGAAUGCUGCAUUUAAAAGACUUCGAUCAUUUGGAUCAGAGGGACCUGAUACCGCUGCUGAUAGCGCUGCAGCACAACACGUGGUUCGAGGGCGUGUGCGGGGACGGGGUGCGGGUGGGGGGCGAGGCGUGGGAGGCGUUGUCGCGCGUGGUGCGCUGCGCCGCGCCGCCGCCGCAGCGGCUCAGCUGGCGCGCCGCCGCGCUGCGACACGACCACGCCGCGCGGCUCGGACACGCGCUCACUCGCGCGCGCACGCCGCCCGCCAUGCAUACAAUCGACUUCUCGCAGAAUCAUAUCGAGGACAAAGGUGCAAUGAGCAUUUUAACCGGCUUAGCGAACAACCCGGACGGCUUACGUCACAUCGCGCUGUCGCAGUGCGGCAUCACGGGCAAGACGGUGUCGCACCUCGCCGCCAUACUGAACGACUCUCCUAGCCACCUCUCCACGUUGUCGCACCUCGAUCUCUCUAAUAAUAACCUAAAAGAUGAUGUACACAAUCUGUAUAAUUUUUUAGCACAACCUAACGUGUUGACGCAUUUAAAUUUGACUAACACAGAGACGACGCUUGAGAAUAUGUGGGGCGCGCUGCUGCGGGGCUGCGCGGCGCGGCUGUCGUGGCUGCAGGUGGCGCGCAACCCGUGGUCGACGGCGCGGCGGCCGCGCGACCCGCCGCCCUCCUUCCGCCAGUUCUUCACCGCCUGCCUCGCGCUCACGCACCUCGACUUCUCCUACUGCAAGAUGCCGCCGGACGUGCUCAAGAGCCUGCUGCUGGGGCUGGCGUGCAACGAGAGCGCGGCGGGCGUGAAGCUGUGCCUGUCGGGCGUGCUGAGCUCCGCGCACGCCGCGCACGUGCUGGAGUCCUGCGUGCACGGCGUGCGCUGUCUGCACGCGCUCGACCUCUCCGACAACAGUAUGGAAUACGAAUUAUCUGGCAUUGUGCGAGCUGUUGGAAAAAAUCAUUCGAUAACACAUUUGUCGCUGAGCAGAUUGACUGGGAAAAGAUCAUAUGCUCCACCUUUAAUACAAGCUUUGGUGCACGUUCUUCAAGAGCCAGAUACAGCGCUAACAUCACUGGAUCUAAGUGAUUGUAAACUAAAGGGCGACCUGUACGGGCUGCUGAACGCGCUGGGCGGCGCGCGGCGGCUGCGCACGCUGGACGUGGGCGGGCUGACGGACAUAGCGACGGCGCUGCGGCGGUCGGUGAGCGUGCGGCGCGUGGAGUUCCCCGGCUGCGACGCGGCGGCGGGCGGCCGCGGCGCCAGCGAGCGCGUCGCCACGCUCUGGCGUGAUCUACACGAGCGUUUGUCGAGCAACAGCACGUCUGGCGUGUGCGAGCGGCUGCGCGCGCUGGCGCUGGAGCGCGCGUGGGCGGGCGGCGCGGCGGCGGCGCUGGCGGCGCAGGCGGCGGCCGCGCUGCCCCCCGCGCCGCUGCCCGCCGCGCUGCAGCGCGCCGCCGCCGCCGCGCACCUCCUGCUGCACCAGUACCUGCAGGUAGCGCUGCACACGACUAUACCGCAUCACAUACAGUCUGUUCAAUCGCAUCACAUUAUAAAAACUCUAUUUUAUUAA